AUGGCCGGAAUCACCUCAUGGAGUUUACUGUUUAUCCCUCCGGUGCGGGCAGAGGGCUACUCCAAGCGCAAUCGACAAGGUGCCGAACUGCAACACCGGAAGUUGAACUGUCCUCCUGCUGCUUCCAGAUGGCUCAACCGCGACCAUCUCGAUAUCGACAAGGUCAUCGUCAACCGAGGCAUCGUCCGCAUCUUCCGCCGGUUGAGCUAUCUUCCAGCAACCCCUGCCCGGUUGCCUGCUGAUGCAUUGGUUCUCCCAGCGGACACAAUCGCAGGACGAAGAUUCGAGCAUCCCUUCCAGCUAAUCCUCGCCGAAUGGCUCAACCGCGACCAUCUCGAUAUCGAGAUGGUCGUUUUCACCCGACGCAUCGGCCGCAUCAAACUACCCCCAGCAUCCCCGUUGCAUUUUCUACCGAGGCUUUAUCCCUUUCAGCGGCCACACGCACAGGACGAGAGUUCGAGCCUCCAAGUACGGGCGUAUUGUAUCAUACCUGGCACCACCACCACCACCGCCAUUGCGGCGUCGCUGGUGACGCGUUAUCAUCAAACCCUUUGUGCCACUAGCUCCCGCAGCAGGAAGAUGAACGAUCAAAACCUGUAUUUGGAGCAGCAGCCCUGCAUCUGUCUUUUUCCUUUGGCUGAAGCAUCGCCUGCAUCUUCCGGUGGUUGA